CCUAGCUGUUCUUGUAGCUAGCAAGUGGUUUGUUCUUAGGGUAGCAGAGGAGGAAAUUGUUCCCCUUCUGAUAAGACAACAGUGAAGAGAGGACGCAUGCUGGUUCUUAGGGAUACGGCUGGUUUCCAGAUAUGACCAUGUAUUUGUGGUUUAAACUUUUGGCCUUUGGCUUUGCCUUCCUGGAUACAAAUAUAUGUGUUACAGGAAAAAGCACACCUGUUCCUACUUCUGGACUGACUGCAACAGAGAAGCCUCCUAACGGCCCCUUGCCUGCUCCCAGCACUGCAUCCUCACCCGCAAGCAUCUCUGAAAGAGGAAACGACUCUUCAGAGACCACACCUCCUGCUAGUCUAAGUGGUUCCUCAGCCUCUGACUCCCCGGGCCCUUUGGAUAAUGCUAAUGUUCUGAAUGUGACAGGUAUCUCAGGAGAGAGGAGCACAGUCGCCGCCUUUCCUGCAGACACAGACUCCACCCCAGCAGCUGCCCUCAGCCCUGCACGCAACAGCUCUGCUCUCCCACUUGCACGCACCUCCAACCUCAGCACCUCAGCUUACACCUCAGAUCCCACCUCUCUUGCCUCUGCAUCAUCCACACAGAGCCCUGCAGCAAGCACUCUUCCUCCAACCACAGCAAUAGUUACAGUUCCUACUACAACCAAGAUACCCUGCGAUCAACAAUAUGAUCAAAUCUCUGUGACUUACACGUAUUACAAGGAGAAUACAUCAUUCACAGCACAACUGAAUGGUUCUAAGUCCAUGAAGUGUAAUUCUAAAAACUGUGAAGAAGUGUUGCAAAGACUGACAGGAUGCUCAGAGCAUGUAAUUCAGAUAACUGAUGAUUCAUGUUCUCGCCAUAAACUUUUAACGUUACAUGUACCACCAGAGUAUGAAAAGUUUAACUUAUAUGAUUGUGCAAAGCCAAAAGAAGCAAAUACUUCAAUUUGCUUAGAAUGGAUUGGACCCAUUAAUACAGCUCAUAAAUGUAUGAAAGAAUUUACAUACAAAUUUACAUGUGAAAUUCCUUUACGUAAUUCAACAUCUACUGAUAAACGCAUUGAAGUACAUGAUCUUCAACCCAAAACAAAGUAUCAAUGUACUUCAGAAGUAUUCUAUGAUGGCCAUAAGUACAGAAAGGAAACUGAAUCUAUUGAAACAGAUGUUGGUGUUCCAGAAAAGCCUCGGGAUCUUUCUUGUGAUCUUACAGAUAAAAAUGAAGUAAAAAUCAGCUGGGCUCCCCAGCCAAAUUCAUCUGGAUUUUAUUUUGCAUAUUGGGCUAACUCAGGAAAAGAAGUUGAGAUCCAGGUUCUAAAAAACAUUGAGCCAAAUAAAACUUUAGGUCCUUUGGAAUAUUAUACAAACUAUACUGGAUCAUUAUUUGCCUAUGUCAAAGGAAAAGUGCAACGCAACGGGAGUGCUGUGCCUUGUAAAUUUGAAACAAAACCUGGAGUUCCAAGCUCAGUAAGAAUGGUGAAACUAAUCCCGACAUCAGAUAAUAGCGUGGAAGUCAGUUGUAGCCAUCCUGAGAAGACAAAUGGCCCUAGUUUGAGUUAUAACUUGGAAGUCAAUCCUAAACAUGAUCGGUCUGCAAAAGUUUUCAAUGAGUCCCAGAAAACCUGCACAUUUAAAGUAAGCCACCUUGGAUAUUCAACAGACUAUGAGUUUUGGCUAUAUUCCUUCAAUGGUGAAUAUAAGGGAAUACCAGAAGUAAAAUAUCACACAACAUCUUAUAAUUCCAAAGCACUGAUUGGAUUCCUGGCAUUUUUGAUUGUUGUGACAUCAAUAGCUCUAAUUGUGGUUCUCUACAAAAUAUAUGAUCUGCACAAGAAUCAAUCUAGAAACUCAGAUGAACAACAGGAACUUGUUGAAAGAGUUUGUGUCUUUCAGAGCAUCCCGCGGGUGUUCAGUAAAUUUUCAAUCAAGGAUGCUCGAAAGUCUUGCAAUCAAAAUAAAAACCGCUAUGUUGACAUCCUUCCUUAUGACUAUAACCGUGUUGAACUCUCUGAAAUAAAUGGAGAUACAGGGACAACCUAUAUAAAUGCUAGCUAUAUCGAUGGUUUCAAAGAACCCAGGAAAUACAUUGCAGCACAAGGACCCAGGGAUGAAACUGUUGAUGAUUUCUGGAGGAUGAUCUGGGAACAGAAAGCCACAGUGAUUGUCAUGGUUACUAGAUGUGAAGAAGGAAAUAGGAACAAGUGUGCAGCAUACUGGCCCACGAUGGAAGAAGGCAAUCGGACUUUUGGAGAUGUCACUGUGAAGAUCAAUGAGCACAAGAGAUGCCCAGAUUACAUCAUCCAGAAAAUGAACAUUGCAAAUAAAAAAGAAAAAGGAACAGGAAGAGCGGUGACUCACAUUCAGUUCAUAAGCUGGCCAGACCACGGGGUACCUGAAGACUCUCAUCUGCUUCUCAAACUGAGAAGGAGAGUGAACGCUUUCAGCAACUUCUUCAGUGGCCCCAUCGUAGUGCACUGCAGUGCUGGUGUUGGGCGCACGGGCACAUACAUUGGAAUCGAUGCCAUGCUGGAAGGUCUGGAAGCAGAGGGCCAAGUGGAUGUGUACAGCUACGUGGUGAACCUCAGGCGACAGAGAUGCCUCAUGGUGCAAGUGGAGGCACAGUAUAUCCUGAUCCAUCAAGCUCUAGUGGAAUACAACCAGUUUGGAGAAACAGAAGUGAAUUUGGCUGACUUGCAUUCACAUUCAUAUCUGCAUAAUAUGAAGAAAAGAGACCCACCUAGUGAGCCAGCUCCACUGGAGGCUGAAUUCCAGAGACUUCCUUCCUAUAGAAGCUGGAGGACGCAGCACAUCGGACAUCAAGAGGAAAAUAAAAAGAAAAACAGAAAUUCUAAUGUUAUUCCGUACGACUUUAACAGAGUGACACUUAAACAUGAAUUGGAAAUGAGCAAGGAGAGUGAGCAUGAUUCCGAUGCAUCAUCUGAUGACGACAGUGAUUCAGAAGAAACAAGCAAAUAUAUCAAUGCAUCUUUCAUAAUGAGUUACUGGAAACCAGAAAUGAUGAUUGCUGCUCAAGGACCACUGAGAGAGACUGUUGGUGACUUCUGGCAGAUGGUCUUCCAAAGAAAAGUCAAAGUCAUUGUCAUGUUGACAGAGCUGAAGCAUGGCGACCAGGAAAUCUGUGCUCAGUACUGGGGUGAAGGGAAACAAACAUACGGAGACUUAGAGAUUGACAUCAAAGACACAAAUAUAUCUCCAAUGUACACUGUCCGUGAAUUUGAACUGAGAAACUCCAAGAGGAAAGAUGCCCGAACUGUGUACCAGUACCAAUAUACUAACUGGAGUGUGGGCCAGCUCCCUGCAGAAACCAAAGAGUUAGUUUCAAUGAUUCAGAGCCUUAAACAGAAACUUCCCAAAAAGACUUUCACUGAAGGGAAUAAGUGUCACAAGAGUGUACCUCUCCUAGUUCACUGCAGAGAUGGAUCUGAACAAACAGGAGUUUUCUGCGCUUUGUUAAAUCUCAUAGAAAGUGCAGAAACAGAAGAAGUCAUAGAUGUUUUCCAAACAGUAAAGUCUCUACGCAAAGCUAGGCCAGGAAUGGUUUCCACAUAUGAGCAAUAUGAAUUCCUCUAUGACAUUAUUGCCAGCACCUACCCUGUCCAGAAUGGACAAGUAAAGAAAAACAGCUACCAGGAAGAUAAAAUUGAAUUUGAUAACGAAGUGGACAAGCCAAAGCCAGAUGCUAACUGUGUCAAUUCAAAGGGUGCCCAAGAUCAGACCCAAAAUGAAAACAAAGAAGCAGAAGGCUCUAGACCCACAAGCAGCUCAGAAAGGCCAGAACACUCUCCCAAUGGCCCUGCAAGCCCUGUUUCACCUGAGAGUUCAUAGGAAAAGAGGAAAAGGGAGUGACUCAAAACCUCACCCUGGCUGUGAUUUCUGUUUUCUAGAAGGGGGGAAUAGUUGAUUUGGAAGAACGAAGUGCUCAGGUUGAACAUUAGAGAAAGUGUCUGUUUGAAUACUGUGGAAAAUAUUUAAGAUAGUUUUGGUAAAACAUUUUGUAUAGUCUUACGUUUAUCUUAAAAUCUCUAUCAGUCAACAAAAACAACUUUGUAGUCUUCACAUGUGUAUGCUUUUGUGGAUGCUCUUGGUAAGGAACUGGGAGUUUGCUUUCAAGUGAACCUAAAUGCUCUCGAGAAACUUUGCCUCUUUGCAUUUCUGGAAAAAAAAAUCCACAUUUUAUUAUAUGGUACUGUUAACAGAAGGUUCUUGUUUCGUAGUAUCAUAACUCCAUAGUGGCUACAUAAAAAUAGCAUGUAUAUUUGGAGACUGACCUCCAGGUGUCCUCCUAGCCCUACUCAUACACAUCAGUUACUAUUUUAAAGAUAAUAUAUAAAUAUAGUUUUUAUGUAUAGCUACUACAAAAAUGUUAAGUAAAUUAACUUCUGGAAGUCAUAUAUAAUACCAUACAUAUAGCAUUGCCAAAUUUUUGUUUGAAAAAGUAUAUUAAUAUUUAGAGAGAUCAAGAAGUCAUCUAGAAUGGUGUUCAAUUAAUUAUUUUGAUCUGUCUUUGGUAAUGAUGUCAUGAGUACAUUUUUCUUUUUCUAAUGGCUUUUUAUUUUGAAUUGUGCUAGUAUAAAAUGCUUCUAAGUGGAAAAGGUUAAGAAUUGCUAUAAGUGUGUUCAGUGAUGAAUGUGUUAAUUUGCUUGAGUGUAGUAGUCAUUUUGCGAUGUAUAUGUAUCUCAAAAUAUGAUUUUGUACACCUUAAAUAUAUAUGAUCUUAUUUGUACAAGUGUGUUUUGCCCAAUAUUUCCAUGAGGAGCCUGAUGAAACUUUAUGUGAAGUUCAAACAGUGAUAUUAGACAUAACUUACUGUGUGUGCUUUAUUUCUCAUCAUUAAAGUCCAUCUUUGAUUUUCACUGAAAUGUA